UGUCACUAAUACUCUUCAGGAUUUCUUCCUUGUUGAUGAGGAAGAAGAUGAACCAGCAGGAGUAACACUCAAGAUGUGAAAAGUCCUGUAGUUAGCUAUCUAGUUGCUUGCUUACUGGUGUUGCACAGUCUCCAUAUCUUUGACCUAAAUUAGGACAUAACUGUGGUAGAAAUUUGUGGACAAGAAAAAGGACAUGGAAGACAGCCAUGAUGGCAAAGAGUUACAUGGAAGACAAUACUGAGAACUACUUAGCUUGUUAAUGCCAAAUACAGAAGGCUGCUUGGAUAGUGGUUCAGUGUGGAACAAAAGAUCUUUUUUUUUCUUAAUCUUUACAAAUAAUUAUGUCCAAGAAAAGCCGUGCCAAGGGAGAGAAGCCUGACAUGGAGACUGAAGCACUUCAGGCUGCUAAUGAGGAGCUUCGAAGUAAACUGACCAACAUCCAGAUAGAGUUUCAGCAGGAAAAAAACAAGGUGGGUAAAUUGAGAGAGAAAAUACAAGAAGUUAAGCAAGAAAGAGAGCAGGAGCAACACAAGCACACUGCUUACAUCUCGGAGCUGAAGGCAAAGCUCCACGAAGAGAAAAUGAAGGAACUCCAGGCUGUCCGGGAGGCACUUAUCCGGCAGCAUGAGCAGGAAGUAGCUCGAAUGGGAAAAAUCAAAGAUGGUGAAAUUCACCGUUUGCAGUCUACAGUGAAUGUGCUGCGGGAUGGGGCUGCCGACAAAGUGAAAACGGCAUUGCUCAAUGAAGCCAAAGAGGAGGCUCGAAAAGCAUUUGAUAAUGAACGUAUGAAGAUGCAGCAGGAGGUCUUAGAGCUCAAGUCUGGUAAAAAGCAACUUGAAGAAGCUUUGAACAAUAUUAUGCAGGCAGAUAAGAUGAAGGCUGCUGACUUGCGCACAGCUUAUCAAUCCCAUCAGGACGAGAUUAAUAGAAUAAAGCGUGAAUGUGAGAGGGAUAUCCGCAGGCUGAUGGAUGAGAUAAAAGGCAAAGACAGAGUGAUUUUGGCUCUGGAAAAGGAUCUUGGAGUCCAGGCAGGCCAUACACAAAAGCUGCUGCUUCAGAAAGAAGCUUUGGAUGAACAACUUGUCCAAGUAAAGGAGGCAGAGCGGUACCACAGCAGCCCCAAAAAAGAGCUUCCUGGUGGAAUAGGCGAUAUCACUGAAAUGAUGGGCAGUCCAGAGCAGCAUUUGGAUGAGCGAGAUGUGCGAAGAUUUCAGCUAAAAAUUGCUGAACUGAAUGCUGUAAUACGGAAACUGGAAGACAGAAAUACCCUUUUAGCAGAUGAAAGAAAUGAAUUGUUGAAACGUUCUCGGGAGACAGAAAGUCAGCUGAAACCUUUGGUAGAAAAAAACACAAGGAUGAAUAAAAAGAAUGAUGACAUGUUGCAGUGUAUCCAGAGAAUGGAAGAAAAAAUUAAAAAUCUUUCAAGGGAAAAUGUAGAACUAAAAGAAAAAUUAUCCACGCAGCCAGCACUGAAGAGGCACACUUCCUUGAAUGAUCUUAGCAGCACACGAGAGGAGCAAGAAAUUGAAUUCCUGAGAUUGCAAGUUAUAGAACAGCAGCAUGUUAUUGAUGAUCUCACAAUGGAAAGGGAACGGUUGCUACGCUGUAAAAAACAGAAAAGGAAGAGUUUGAAACCUCCAAAGAGGCAUGUUGUCGAGACAUUUUUUGGAUUUGAUGAAGAAUCUGUUGAUUCAGAAACAUCAUCUAUAACUUCAUAUAACACAGAUAAGACAGACAGGACUCCGGCAACUCCAGAAGAAGACUUGGAAGAUAGCACACCUAAAGAAGAAGCUGAUUUAAGGUUCUGUCAGCUAACCAGAGAAUAUCAGGCUUUGCAAAGAGCAUAUGCAUUACUCCAGGAGCAAGUUGGUGGAACACUGGAUGCAGAGAGAGAAGCAAGGACUCGUGAACAAUUGCAAGCUGAUCUCCUUCGGUGCCAGGCAAAAAUUGAAGACCUCGAGAAAGCUCUGAUUGAAAAAGGACAGGAUUCAAAAUGGAUAGAAGAGAAGCAGCUGCUUAUCAGAACAAAUCAAGAGUUGUUUGAAAAGAUUUACAAAAUGGAACAGGAAGAGAAUCAGCUGAAGACCGAGAUGCAGGAUGCGAAAGACCAGAAUGAGCUCUUAGAAUUCAGAGUGCUAGAACUUGAAGUAAGAGAUUCUCUCUGUAAACUCUCAAAUGGAACAGAAAUUGUGUUUGAACCCAAGCUGAAAUUCAUGUAACGUUCAGUGGUGACCAGUGCAUGUAUAAGGGAGACCCCUUUAGAGUUUUUUUUAAUAUUGUAUGUUUGGAUAAUGAAAAUGAUGCCACUGCCUUAAUAUGUUUUGAAAAGAAUGCUCACUAAUGUUUAUGAAGAUGUAAAAUAGCUAAUAUAUAUUGCAUAUAGUUUGUUUUGCACCUAAUAAAAAUAUUUUGUU